GUGAGCUCGAUUUUGCCCGAAUAGCUUAUCAAAUUAGCUUGGCUAUUUAAAUCUAAAAGACUUUGUUCGUUCUACUAAGUAAUGCAUUGUCUAUUCUUGGUAUCAGCUGCCGCGCACUUUCCCGCCCUUUUUUUCAAUACAGUAUGACUUUCACUGAUGUAAGCACUUCUUAAAGUGCUUGUAUCUGUGUUCGAUUUUUGAUCAGCUGAACCACUAUUAAAACUGUUCGUAGCAUUUUGUUAGGAUACGUGAUUGUCUAUAGAAUUAAAUUAGGCCCCUCGUCCAAAAGCCCAUUUAUUGUAAAAAGAAAUGUAGCUUGAACAGCUUUUGUCAAUUUCGAAAAGGUUUCAAUGUGUUCUAGGAAUAGUGAAGUCGUCAGAACCUGUAACCAGUUCUCGGUGCUAUUGUCGACAGUCAUUACGCGCAAUGUACAAGCCGAUCGCCUUUGUGAAACCACAAGAGAAACAUGCUGAGCUUUCUGAUGUAAAGUCAGAAUCGCCACCGCCUACAGUGAGCCGUCUUUCCGGCGAAGAGGCGCAAUCGUUUUACGAGGACCUUCUUGGCCUUCCGUCCACGUCAUAUCCUGCUCCGGUUAUAAGUACUAGUCAAAUAGACAAAUGUGAACAGCCUAUAAGUGACCCUUCGAAUGAACAAGACCCAGUUAACCAACCAAUUGUUGCAAAAAACCACAAGGUUUCCCCGAAGGAUCUGUUUCUGGCAGCUCAAAAUGGCCAAUACAAAGAGCUAAGGCGAAUCCUUUUUGCUCGAACUCUAGAUCUGGACGUCCAAGAUGCAUUUGGCUGGAGUGCACUUAGUUGCGCAGCGUACGAGGGACAUGUAAGUUGCGUCAAACUCCUACUAAAGUUUGGAGCGACGCGAGAUCUCCGAGAUAACAAGGGUCAAACCGCGCUUGACCUUGCACGAAAGCGAAACAAAAUUCGGGUGUACCAGGCAAUCAAAGAGUUCGGUUCGGAAAGUCAGGAUAACAAUGACAGAUAUGCUGAAGAAAGCGUUAUAGCUGAACCCGAGAACACUCGGUGUACAUUAUGUGGAGUUGAAUUUGACGUCGAACAGCAAAAAACACACGAAAGUUCGAUUGUGCAUCGAGCGGCCGUGCAGGUGGCUGUGGACCCUUCAUACGGAAUUCCCGAAGCCAGUAUCGGAUUUCGGAUGCUUAAACAGAUGGGUUGGAAACGUGAGCAAGGCCUUGGGAUCAAUAGUCAAGGAAGAAAAUUUCCUGUGACAACGCAGCUGAAACGGGACCGUGAAGGUUUAGGUCUUACCACGAAGCGAUUCAGAAUCACUCAUUUUAACCACAAAGAUCCACGUGCGGUUUCGAACGAAAAAACACCCGGAACGAAAAUCAGGAGAAUGUCCAGCAAAAAAACAAGCGAUAAAAAUCUCGAACGAGACUUCCGUCGGGCGUUCUACUAAUGUUAAUAUUACUUUGAUGGACGAUGGAAAUCUAUUCAAAUAUUAUUUGAACGAUAUAUUUCUGGUUCCAUUUGUUAUUAAGUAAACCAAAUAUCUAAUCAGAUAUUGACAAUUAGUUAAAGCAUCAUCCACAUCAAAAGCCCACGACUAUGUAGCAAUAAGACCUUAUUUCCAGGAUAAAAACACUACCAUAGGCAGAAGUGUCUGACUUCAAAGUUCUAUACCGAGCAAGUUAUAUAUAGUAAAGCUCCACGGCUGUAUAAGCGUUCAAUUUUCCUCUAAUUCAAGUAAAUGUAAUAGUUGAAUAUCGCAUUGUUGAAACAGCCAUCUCAUUGAAUGUCCUUAGCCUUUUCACUAAAGGCAGGCAUUACCUUUUUGAUGAAUAAACGUGCUAUGCACAUUAAAUAGAAGUUCAGCUACGUUUCGUUUAUUGAACACAGUAGUACAGAAAAUAGAAAGUGUAAAAAAUACUACUAACGUUAUUACUUUGGUAGCGCCGCUUUGUAGGGUAAGCCCCAACAAUACUAAAACAAAAUUCCGCAGAUUCCUGUACGAUUAUAUCUCUCGUUUGUAAAGCUUAUUUCGAAAAAGCUUCUGUAAUUAGGAUAUCGCUACAAAGUUACAUGGAAUAUUUUGUAAAGAAGUUGUCAAAAAUGCAACACAAGAAUAUACACUUUUUUCUGAAAAGUACAAGAUGUCGGUAUCGUAUGCUUUUUUAGGUGUUCGCCCAUCAUAUAAGGAUUCUGUGGUUAUUCGAUAAAACUUUGGCAAUAUGUGUGUGACGGGUCUGCUCAGUGUCUGUGGAAUGAUCAAAUUGUUGAUGGUAGAAAGUCGUUAUAGAUAAUUACCUGCUUUCGACCAUACAGGUCCGUUACCUAUUUGAAUUUAUUUCUUGAGAAUCGAUGGCAUAUCAUCAAAUAUAUAAUAAAUAUUAAAGGAUUAGGUCAUGCGGUACACAUUGUUGUAUGAAGGUUAUAAGUUUGGAAAAUCAAUGAAUUUUACUUAGCAUACAUUUGCAUAGCCACAUUGCUAUUUCAUUGAAAUACGCUCGAAUAUCAGACGUCAGGAACAUGCAUUAAAAACGAUAAGGGUGCGCUAUGUGAAUCACUGACAACGCGGCUACUCUCAGUAGUUUCUAUCGAAUUUUGCUGUUUACGAGAUAUACGUAAUUCCAAUUGCCACUUGUAAACUCGAUAUUACGUGAACUUACAUGGGUGAAUCCACUACCGAUCGAUGUAGUUGCCGUAAUUUGUAAUUUUCGAAGUCAGAUAGGUUGCUCUGGACCCUUGGCUCACAAAGUAGUUUUCAAACUAAUCCAUCGUCACUGCGAGCGAAAAAUAGAUCACUACUGAGACUUACGUAUAAUAUGACAGCUCGUCGUUGCUCCUGUAGAGCAGCCCAGAGAUACUGAUGAUCGGUUUAACUAAGCGAACUAAGCUUAAUUUUAAAGUGGAAUAAUAGUAAUAAUAAUAUUUUGUUUACUUAUAUACAAUCAGCGGCGUUUAUCACACCCUUAAUAGCUUAGUUAAAAAUGUAUUCUGUUUGUAUAAAUUUUAGUGAUCUCAAGAACGUUUGUCUUAAGAGCCAUUUCAUCUUACCCAGGUUUUGCGAUAGGAUAGGGUUUUUAGGAGUAAAUAUAGAGAAGUAUUCAUCCUUAAUCGUACCGAAAAAAGUAAAAUAUAAUAUCGCGACACAGAUGAUCGAUAUGGUUAAUACGAGCAAAUUUGACGAUGAACUGAAGGUUACACGCGAAUGAAAAAGCAGCGUAAUUGAGACAUAUGCGUACUUAUCAUGUUUAUUAAAUUAUAGUCUUAAUAAUUUUAUUACGUAAUCGCAGACACAGACAUGUCCCCACGAUCACAUAACACUGACAACUUCCACAACAAUAUCCCGUCUUUUACAUUAAAUCUACACGCCAAUGCAAUAGUAAGACUUAUUUGAAAGCCGACUGCAAUAGCGACCUAUUGAGCAUAUACAGACGACCUAUUCUAACAGAUUAGUCUCAGAUGACCUAUUUUUACGAGAGCCUGGCUAGUUAUGGAUGGUUGAAUUAUUGGGUAUGAUACGUCGUACGCCUGGACACUCACAUACGUGGACGCAAGUUAGUUCAUAAUUAUCGAAUGAAAACAGUUACCAAUAAUUAAGGAAUAGAUCGCUAGUUUUCAUCUUCAAAUAACAAGCCAUAUAGUAUCUUAUAGAACUAUAACUAAUAUAGUGAUAAUAAAGACGGCGCAUAUUGGUUAACAUGCACAGUUUUUACGUAUAGGUAGUGUCUCUCGUCAUGUUUAGAGUGAAGAAAAAUCUUCAACAUACUUGUAAGACAGUGUAAAUUAAUAAAAUAAUCACGCAAAAACAAUUGUCAGUUGUGGUAAGUGGCCUUCUCGAAACAUUGGACAGUGAAGGUGGAUCAGGCCUGUGUCAACGAUUUAUGUAAUAUAUUUUCAUGUCCAUAUAUAUAUCGUAGUACUCAUUGUAUCACACUACUCUUUACAUUACACAAUACAGGAGUAGGACACCCCCAUAGGUGAUUGAUCCCCUCGGCAAGAAAGUAAUCACGACAUGCCUUUUUACUGAGCGUAGAAAAAUAGAACCUAACGUGCUUUUACUCGGAAAAUAGAGAUGUUCUGCUAUUGGCCAUGACGACCACUUUUAUAUUAUAUACGUUGGCAGUUUCGAAGGAACUUAAGAAAUCUGUAGCUAGCCAAGCUGUAUUAGCGUCUUGGUUUUUUAAAUUUGUCUAGGCGAUUGCUAUAUAUAUAUAUAUAUAUAUAACAAUCAUCUAAACAAAUUUAAAGAACAGCAGCCCCAGUAUCUUAGCAUUUCAAUAAUGUCGCCAUUAAAUUGCGGGGUGAACCAAUCGCCGAUGGAGGGGUUCUUGCCUCGACGAGCUCAAAGCAUAGUUUCUGCUUUCCUUCUGCUUGGACAGUUUGUAGAACUACAUACUUCUCUUAUUAUAAUCUUUUUCUCCUUUGUCGUCUAUUGGUUUUUCAGUGAGUGUCUAUACGGCUUUCCUUCGCAGGUAUGUAAAUGUCCGCAUGUGUGUCUGUACCUUGUGUCAUUAAAUGUCAAUCUCAUAUAGCAAUAAUAAUUAUUACAUAAUAUAUAUAUAUAUAUAUAUAUAUAUAUAUGUAUAUAUAUAUAUAUAUAUACUUAAUAUAAUUUCAUAAACGAGCCUCUAACGGAGGGCAACGCAAAUCUGAGGAACCCCACGGGACGACUCGGGCGCCAGCGGGGCCAGGACGCAAAAUGCCUUUCAGCAACCACACCGAUUCUGGCGACAGCUCAUUCAAAGUCGACACUGUAAAAUUCAAAAAACAAGUCCCCUUCACAUGCAUAUAUCUAUAAUAUACAGUAACUCUUAAAAUACUUUAUCUUCUCUUCACGCUGUCACAUAUCUUCUCUUGCUCCUUUACCCAUUUGGAUCAGUCGAAUAAUUCAAAAGCAAGAAAAUACCUUUUCUGAUUAGGCCUCCCUUGCUUGUUCAGUAUUUGGUUAUCGUAUUGUCAGGAUCUUCUCAAUUAUGACAUACCAUUCAUAAUAAUGGUGUAAUAAAUAUGUCUUCUCGACAUUAUAUUCAGCAAAGCAUGUCACAUAACAAGAAUACUGUACCAUACAGUAGCCGAGCGCACUACUAGAACGUUCAACUUGACUUGCUUAGCUAGAAAAGCACCUUCAUCCAGGUUUAUAAAUCAUUUUCUUAUCGUCUUCAAGUAGCAUAGAGUAACCGUCUUUUUUUUUUCUCUCUGCACGCGCAAGCUACAAUUGCUUCGAUUACUUUCUAUGCCACUGCAGUUAAUGCUGUUGUUACUGUUGCAGAUCGGUGUGUGCGCCGGCCCAUUGCGGUCACGAAGGCGGGAAGGGCCUUUAACAUUUUCCCUUUUUCUCUGUUUUUUAGUUUCUACAAGGAGGAAAAAUAGGUCCUUCCUGGAUAUCAGCAUCGACUUCGCCCCCGCGACCUCACUGCUCCCAUACACACCUAUGUAUAUACUUAUAUAUAUAUUUCUCGAACUCAUUUAUCUAGCUCUUACUUUUUUUCUAUCCUCCAUUACAGCAGUUGUAGUAUUUUGGUACUAAUAUAAGUAAUAGUAGUAAUAAUAUCAUUAUUAUCAUCACCACCAUUAUAUCAUUAAUGAUUAAAGAUCAAUGCUAGGGCGCGCAGUGUUUUUGUCGACAUUCGUCUGGAGUCCGCCGUCGUCCCAGUGACUAGGGGUUCCUGCUAUCACCCAGAAUUUGUAUCUACAAGUAUUAAGAAGGCCCGAGGGCCAGCAUCUGGCUCGGCAGCAGAGGCGCCACCACUUUGUCCUAGGCCGUCCCUCCCGGACCGAAAACCGCGCAAAACUCUAUCCAAACCAACGAGCUUUUAUUUCAGUCACAAAACAUUCGUUUCAUAUACAAAAUCCACCAAAAAAAAAGUUUUAAUAAACACAGACAAACAUUUUCUCAUUUAAUUCGAGCACGUAUUCGGUACUUUGGCAAACCCAGCAUGCUCCCCCCAUCAACAAAGAAAAGAUCAUAUGAAAUCCCGCAAACAUCUAAGUUUCAUCUCACAUCCGGCAAACUGAGAACACGUAACAUUGGACGGACGACCCCCUCCCUAGUAGCCACGCCCCUGCAUAAUUUACCCUCUGUUGUAUGUAAAAUCUUGUCUUGUUCUUGUUGUUCAUUUAGUUAUUUGUUUCGGGAGUGGUUGGCAUAUAUUGUCGGCAUCAGUGUGGGUACGUGUAAUUUUAUGUGUGUAAUGUUAGUUCAUUGUAUGCCCUUCUUUAGACUGACAGUUAGUUCUCCGUUAAGAGAAUUGUGAGAGAUAUUACCGAGCCAGAACGCCAACGUGCUUGGGUUGCCCCCCGCUACAGACAAAAUCGAGGUUGCUUUCGUCUAAACGUGCCCGCCGAGUUGCGUUCUGCGCUCCCCGGCUUGGUGACCAGAAUAAUCAAUCAGCCAGAACUCGUUAAACAGCUCCACAGUUAAGAGUAGUCAGCAGAUCGCUCUUGCAGAAAGCAUCCGCUCACUGGACAGAAAUUUCAUUUGUCUCUUGAUUCAUUCCUAAUCCGAUUAUUAUUGGUUUUUUUUUCGGUAAGAUUUAGAUGAUCGUAUAUGCAGUCAUCUAUAUUUGUACUCCGUAGUUAUUUCUUUGGUUGAGUCAUACUAUUUAUCAGGUUGAAGCAAUACUUCUUGUUGUUGAAUUCUCUGGUCGAAAUUCGGUCGCUAGCCGGGGUCUCACGGGAAGGGAUGUAAGAAUAUAUCAAACUGUCUGCCAGGUCACGCUAACAACUUGGCGAGUUCGCUGUCACGAAACUGGUUUAAGCUUCAUUACUUUUAUAUUUUCAUCUUUUUUUUUUUUUCGUUUUCAUACUUCACGGGAUCGUCUCCAUUUUCCGCUUCAUCCACUAGCACUAUUAUAAUUCUCAAUAUUUCUCAUCAUCACAAUGGCAAAGGCUUACCAUUAGUGCCCAAUUUAGUUUUAAUAGAUAGCGUAUACGGUUUUGUCAAUUGGUGAGGUCUUCCAAUCAUGAAUUGUAGUUACUUCCCUCUUGUGCUUGCCUUCUAUACGCUGUAACGUGGUUCCGUGUUAAACUUAUUGUCGUCUUUCCUCCUCAAUCUCUAGCAUAUUAAGUGAAGUAUUUCAACGUUAAUCUUUCUUUGUGUGCUUGCAUGUGCAAAGGGGUUUUUGUCGCAUCGAGUCACAAUUUUCUCGUUCUAUUUGGCCUCUCCAAAUUACUGUCUGUAUCGCCCGGGGCCUUCCCGUGUUCUCUUAUCUUUUACAUCGUAAUCUAUGAUGCAGUAGCGGCUUUGGCUGGCUUUCUAUCGUUUCAUUUUUUCUUAUAUUGGCUACACUUACAGGCUAGUUUCU